AUGUCCCCUCACAACCUCCCCGCGAUCUUCAACCCCACCCAGCAGGACAUUGAGAUGCUCCUCGCUGCCCAGUGCCACCUCGGCGCGAAGAACCUCCAGGUGCACAUGGAGCCGUACCUGUGGAAGACCAGGCCCGAUGGUGUCAACGUCAUCAACGUUGGCAAGACAUGGGAGAAGAUUGUCCUCGCUGCCCGCAUCAUCGUCGCCAUUGACAACCCAGCCGACAUUUGCGUCAUCUCCGCCCGUCCCUACGGCCAGCGUGCUGUGCUCAAGUUCGCCGCCCACACCGGCGCCGUCGCCAUUGCCGGUCGCUUCACCCCCGGUAACUUCACCAACUACAUCACCCGUUCGUUCAAGGAGCCCCGCUUGAUUAUCGUCACCGACCCGCGCACUGAUGCCCAGGCCAUCAAGGAGGCUUCCUACGUCAACAUCCCCGUCAUUGCCCUCUGCGACGGCGACUCCCCUACCGAGUACGUCGAUGUUGCCAUCCCCACCAACAACAAGGGUCGCCACGCCAUUGGUCUGAUCUGGUGGAUGCUUGCCCGUGAGGUCCUCCGCCUCCGUGGCACCCUCGCCAACCGCGAGACCGAGUGGGACGUCAUGACGGAUCUGUACUUCUACCGCGACCCCGAGGCCGAGGAGAACAAGGACAGCGCUGGUAUCGAGGAGGCCAAGGCCCCUGGCGCCGACGAGGUUGGCCCUGGUGCCGUCGAGGCUGGCUUCACCAGCGAGUGGGAGGUCUCUGGCGCAUCUGCCGGUGCUUUCACCUCGCAGGCUGCUGCGCCUGGUGCUAGCUGGGACGCCGAUGCGACCGACUGGGCUGCUUCCGGCGAUGCGCAGACUGGCAACGAGGGCUGGGGCGCUGAGACAACUGCUCAGACCACUACCCAGUGGUAGACGUGCACGUGCACUCUGCUUGAACACCUUCCCUUACAUACCCUGUCAUUGACAACUAUCACUCCGACAUGUCGGGUGUCGGAGUAGGAGCACGGAUUGGAAAAAGGAAAAUAUCAGACCAUUUCAGUUGAUGAGUUCAAACGAAUGCCCAUUGUGUGUGGGACAGGCGGGUUGAAGGAACAUGAUCAAUGCUAGCACUAACGAGGGAAAGAUAUCCGUGUCUCUUUCUCUGGAAGGACAUGGGGGAAAGCCCUGUGCUGGUGAUCGGGAUGUUCUUGACCUGACGCCCAUUUCUUCAAUUCAGCCUUGUCCUAUGCUCGCUUUACUAUGCCAUGGUGACGCUUUGAUUGUUGUUUAGAGAUACGUGUGAGUGACUGUCCAAUAUUCUUGAUGUCGAAUGUACAUCGCAUAUGUUGAAGUAUACGUACAUGCCCUUGACAGUGCACGCACUCAGAAGUCAUUUGGUUCUUUUU